AUGCACAAACUACUUCUAACCCUCUUUAUUAUCAGUACUGUCGUUACAUGCAUUGUCCAAACUUCGCAACAACAAGCAACCCAGCAACUAUUGCGGCAUUUUGGUCUUUCAGUAAAGAGUCCUAACCUGACUAUAGAGCUAGAUAAGCCCGAGCUAGGCAAAACCCAUGAGAUUCUAUAUCUGUUUGACAAUCCCACGAAGCAAGGACUAUUCCUAAAGAGACUAACAAAGAUUACUUUGUGCAGCACAACAUCUGACAAGCUCCCCGACUCAAUUAUUCUUCUCUCUUUAGCUAUAUUACUUCGAACUGAGAAGAUAACGCAGCUAACCAUCAACAAUUUAUUCAUCGGAGAGAACCUCAGCUAUAACACCCCCGACACCAAUCCAUUAAGCAGUCUCGUAUUCCGGAUUGCUUUUAUCAAAUCAUCGGAAAACCUCAUCCGCUUUGUUCUAGCUACUUAUUGCUUUGACAAGGAAGCAAUUAUAGAUAUAGACAAGACUCAUCUAUUCAGUGACAGUACUCUUGAUCUUCUCCUAACCCAUCGAACCAGGCGGUUUAAACUAGCACUUCAAUCACUUGAUAGUUUUCUCUCGGUGCCCAAAGUUGCCAGUCAAAUAGAUAUCGUCACUAAGUCAACCAGCACCGCCAACUACAAUAUAUUCGAAGCCAAAAUGUCCAUUCAGGUCUUUCUAGCCCACAAGUUCUUGCAAGCUAUACUUGACUUUAUAUUUGAAUGCAACGACCGCCUAGCUUUUGAUAGUAUAAACCGCAUCGAUCUAACCGAAAUACGGACCUUAAAAAUAGAGAUCGAUGGAGACACCCACCAUUUAUUAAGUCAAGACAUAGUCCAAGCCAACACACAACCUGCGGCCAUCACAACUUUUAAAAGCAUUAUAUUACUACAAUACCACCACAACUUCAACCAUCUUCUAUCUCCAAAGCUUUUAGGCGAGCUGAUCACUUGGGUAUAUAUUACUUUCCCUAAUGCCGAUAAAAUAGAACACUACAAGCCUAACAUUUAUCGAAGCAUGCACAAGCAACUAACCAACACACCUAUUUUUGUACAUGGUUUUCCUAACGACACCGUAGUCCGUACACUCAGCCUUUUCAAUAUUGACGAAACCGGCCGCCGGCCCACCAUAGCAAAGCACAACCAAGCGAGCCCACUUCAACGCGACUUUCUCAAUCAUUUCGAGAUCAAGCAUAUCUUUAUUCCCGAACCCACACCCACACCCACGCCCAACUCCAACCCAGCAAUCGCACCCAGCGACCCAGCACCAACCAAACCCACAUUACCCCUCCACCCAUCCGCAUUUGUCUUCUCCAAUGGUCUCAUCCAGCGACUAUUACUUUCUUCCCAGAACUCGGCACUCUACCAUCAGUUCUUCGAACGUUUCCCUAGUUUAGCGCUAAUCCAUGCUCUAACUCGCCUGCGCCAAGCCAAACACUACUACCACUAUAACGAAGCUGCCAUCACUAACUAUGCCACAAGUGCUUGCAGUAUCUGUGCGUGGGAAAAUCGCAAUGGCUCAGAACUCCUUCUUUCCCACCUCAGUCAAUUUGUCGUCCUUCCUUGUGGAUGCUAUGUUUGCCCCAUGUGUCUAAGCAACCAUCUCUUAAACCUACCCAAUCACACUAAACUCAAACACUACGGCAAGCUCGAUCCAAGCACCAUCGCCAUCUAUAAACUCUAUAUUAAAGAAGACACCUCUGGCGAAUCCAUCAACGUAUCGGCCAUACAAUCCCAAGAAAUCAACUCACAAGUCAUGGUCGAAAGAAUUGAUCUAGCUACGCUGCAAUACCUAUUCUCCAUCAACAAAAACUGCGACCUAAACAGAGCCACCUAUCCACCCCUUCCUUUAUGUAUUUGCCAGGACAUUACCCCAAUCAAUAUCUUCGCUCCCGACACUCUCCAGUCCGCCCCCCAGCCUAUCCCUUCUAACCCCAUCCCAAUGCGUACAUUCAUACCUUUCGAGCCGCCUGGUAUUUGGCCAUAG